CCUCGAAGCCGGCGACGAGUGCCGCGGCGUUGGGCCGCUCAGGGACACUCUCGUGGAAGCAGCGCCCGCUGUCUGGCAGCAUACGCCGGCCCCUGUCAGUAGCAGCCAGGCCCAGCUCCUGCGACGCCUCCACGCCUUCCUCGCCCGAACGACCGACAUCGAGAGCCCAGAUUGCAGCGUCAUUGGGCGCGAAGGACCCCGCAUACUUUCGCCAGACGGCAGAUCGAGGCAUUGGCUCGGCAGCAUACAGGAAGAACGAGGAGGACAAUGCAUCAGAUGCUGGGUCGAUAUCAGGCAGGAGGCAGCUCCCCGGCAUGUCUCGCGACUCCACAGCCUCUCGAGAAUCUACAAUUUCUACGAAGGAGCCUGAGCUGGCCAGUCCACCCACAGAAAGCACACCGUCGAGCCGGCCCACGUCGAGAGGUGGCUCUGUGCGAGGCAGCACUGCGAUGAGCAACCGCUUCUCUGCCGCAACAUCGGUAUCGGGAGGAGAGACAGACACAGCAGCAACACGUUCGCCCUUGCCAACGCUCGAGUCGCAGAAGUUUGCCCUGCCAUUAGAACAAGGGACCACAGGGGAGGGUGGAGACAAUGCAGGGGCAGCACGCGGACCGCUCAUGUCGCCGACGCAAGGGAGGAUAUUGCCAGAGCGCGAGCGGCCUGUGUCUUCAACCAAGGGUAUGGGCGGUUUCGUCUUGAGUGCCAGUCUCAAGCGCAGCGACAGCGUGAGCAAGAGGUGGAGCACCCAAGGUCCUCCAACCUUGAGCAGGCAGAGCUCCACCUUGAGCAAUCGAGGGAGCGCUAUGGCUGGGUUCGGCUCGUUGUCCAAGAUGGAGCGUCCGACGAGUCUGAGCAGGGAGCAGUCCACCGACCCUCCUUCGCGCCCUCAGUCCAGCUCCAGCAACAUCACCAUGAGGGGUCUUGGCAUUGACACUGCGCCGAAGGACGAGUUUGUAAGACCUGCGCUGCCGAAUCGUCACAGCCGCAGCAAGUCUGUCCACUCCACGUUCAGCAACAAGGACCAAAAUGAGGACGGAGAUCGGCCAUGCAGUCCUUCCAAGCGAUGGAGCCCAAACAAGUCGAGCUGGCUCGAGAAUGCACUUAACAAGCCAGAGUCGCCGAAGCUGAUGGCCCCAGCAUCCCCGCAACAGCCAGCGUGGAUGGCCGAGCUCAGCCGUGCGAAGCAACAACGUGGGAGUGUCGAUCUUGGCAAGGGCAGUCCAUUAGGAACUCCGUUUGGCGAGCAGCUGGGCUCACGUCCAACAUCACCGCUCAAGGAUGUACAGCUCAGGCCGGUAGCUCUUCGCAAGACGACUCUUGAUUCACCCAAGCUCGAGUCUCCAAAGCUUGAUGCCUUGAGACUUGACUCGUCAAAGUUUGAUCCUUUUGCAAAGGAGGACCCCAAGGAGGCGCAAGCUUCGCCGUCACUGGAACCUGCGGCCGAGCUGAUGCCUUCAUCGCCUUUGAAAGAGGAGGUCAAGACAUUGGACGAGGUCAAGACUGUAGAGAAGGCCAAGCCUGCCGGGGAGACAGCUCCUGUCGAAGUUGAACCCGCGAAGACCGAGCCUCCCAAGUCUAAACCCGAGACACCAGUGGAAGCCCUUCAGAAGGACAAGGAGGCAGUACCGUCACCGGCGCCUACGAAGUCGGUACUGUCACGAUUCCCGCCCGCCGUCAAACCGAAGCCAGACACUCCACCUAAGAAAGACUUUCGUGCUGGCCUGAAGUCGCGGCAAACACCUAGCACCGAAAGUCCCAAGGCUCCGAGUCAAGCGCAGUCAGAACUCCAGAACGUAUUUGGAAAGCUGAGGAAGGCAGAGACGAAGAACUAUGUCGCACCUGAUGUUUUCAAAGCCAACAUUGUCGGAGGCAAGAACGCCCUGAACUUGACUGGUGGGCCAAAGCCUACUGUGCGUCGUGACGAAUUCAGAGAGAGCUUGAAGGAGAAGAGAUCAUCAAUGCUGGAGAAAGCCCAGGAAGAGGGUUCGGUGCUCAAGCGAUCAGAAAGCAUAUCAAAGCCCACUGAAGUACCGGAAGCAAUCGCGAUACGGGGCAGACUCGAUCGCUCGAAGAGCAUAUCCAAGUUUCCCAUAAUCCCCAAGGAAGAGGAUAAGAAGCCUGUUCCAGAAGCACUAGCCAGGAAGAAGAGCUUACGAGGAGUGGAACGACCCAAUCUGGAUUUGAAAGACGACAAGCCAGCAUCACCAGCUCCACUGUUCGCAAAGAAGGACAGCGGCAAGCCCAACAAACUCGCAGAUCGCUUCAACCCUGCGUUAGCCGGAAUGUUGGCCCGUGGCCCACCUCCACUGGCAACCGAGAAGUCCACAUCGAGUGUUGGUGAAUUGUCCCCUUCAAGGCCUGCCCAGGAAGAGCCAUCGGGACCCGCUCCUGAAUUGACACACAUGACCAAAGGACGCGCUCGUGGACCGAAGAGGAGAACGCCCGCAGCCAGGAAAUCCGCCCCGGAGCCGGAGAAGGUUACUGAGAAGGUCCCCGAGAAGGUGAAUGCCACUGUUGCUGCUGCCCCAUUGGUCAAACCCAGGCAUAUCCUUCCUAGCUCUGAACCACCCAAGGCUAACGGAACACCAGAGGAACCCUCAGUAACUAGCAAGCCUGCCAGAGAAUCCAUCGGUGAGAAGCCUGUGACACCAGCCAAACCACGUCAGAUCUCAGCGAAGUUCGACAAAGCGCCUACUCCGGAAGUGGCUAAGAAGCCAUCAUCAAUUGAACUCAACAGAAGGGUGUCUGGAACACAAAGCAUCCCAAAGCAGUCACCUAGGCCAGAGUCCAUCGGAACCCCAAAGACAGCUUCACCGAGUGUACCGAAGAAGUCUGAGAGGAUUACAUCUGGAGCUUACAACGCUACACAGCAGUCACCAAAGCCAGAGUCGAUCAGAUCGCCAUCGAUCACAUCAACCAAGUCACCGAAGCCAGCAUCGCCAUCGCCGUCCCCUUCGGUCACAUCUUCCAGGUUCUCAAGGCUGUUGCCUACACCUCCACCCCAGGAGUCACCGAAGCCGACCGUGUUGAAGGAGAUCCUCACUCCUAAUGCUGAGGUUCCGCCAGUCAAAGACGAGCACUCACCACAAAAGCCGGGGUUCUCUUCUGUGAAAGCCGCGACAGCCCUAUGGGGUCGACAGUCAACGCCCUCAUCACUGGCACCGUUGAGAACAAAGUCACCGAUCAAGCCUCCCACUCAAGCAGAUGAGAAGGCUGCGAUGAGAGAUGCUGGUCUUGUGCGGUCUCCUGAACCUGGGCCUGAGCCCAAGCCCGAGUCCCCGGCUCGACCAGAAUCAUCCUCUUCGAAGCCUCUUCCACCAGCACCUCUGCAGCCCAAGCCUAAGCCAGCAGGUCUCGGCUUCAGUCUGAGUGGAUUUGGUGGGUUCGGUGGCGCAGCAUCACGCUCACAAGGGUCGAGCCCUCGACUGUCCAAAGACCUGCCAAUGUCGCCGCCCAGGAGCGCAGACAAGCCACAGCCGGACACUCCCAAGUCAGCGCCUGCACCGGCAGCACCUAAGCACGACGGAAUUUUUGCCGAGUUCUUCGAUGAGCCUCCCGUGACUGAAGGUCAACUGCCAGAAAGCAUCGAUACGGUACAGGUGUUGCAUUCGCCACCUUUUGAUCUUCGGCCAGCCGGAAAGGUGCGCACCCAAAGGCAAGAGAUUCACGAGAUCACAGGAGAUGGCAAGAUGCUAUCGAUUCCACCACAUGAGCAGCAUGUUCUCUUCCAGAACUCGAUGUACAUCUGCACACAUGUCUAUAGUGAUGCAAAGGGCGCAAAGAACACCGAUGUAUACCUAUGGGCAGGCAACGGUAUAGCCGAGUCGAACAUUGAAGAUGCACAGCUCUUCGCGAGGAACCACGCAAAGCAGAACCAAGCAAGGCUGCUCAUUCUUCGCCAAGGCAAUGAGCCACCCAAUUUCUUCGACGCCCUCGGGGGUAUUGUCAUCACCAGGCGUGGAGCCAAGCCAGCAUCGAAACAGUUCAUGUUGUGCGGGCGCCGCCACCUGGGUCACCUUGCCUUUGACGAAGUCGACUUCGCGCUGAAAAGCUUCUGCUCUGCUUUUGUAUACCUCAUCUCCACUGAAGCCGGCAAGGUGUACCUCUGGAAAGGCCGCGGCUGCUCAGCCGAAGAGCUCUCCGGUGCACGGCUGAUGGGCAUGGACCUCGCACCCACAGGCGACUUCCAAGAAAUCGACGAAGGCUCCGAGCCACUGCACCUCAUCAACAUCUUCCCCACACCCACCCACAAAGGGCCCGCGAUCCCGCGCUCAGCCGACCACUGGCGCUACAAAGCAACCUCGGACCGCUACCGCGCACGACUGUACAAGAUAGACCAGCAACAAGAGGCCUCGGGAGGAUGGGGACAAAGCCUGCAGACGCCCAUCACUCCCAAAAGCCCGCUAUCGCCAGGCGUUACGACUAAGGUUGUGGAGAUUAUGCCUUUUUGCCAGCGCGAUCUGGAGCCCGAGUACAUCUAUGUGCUUGAUGCUUUCUUUGAGAUGUACAU